AUGGGCUUGAUAUCAUCUACUAUCCGGCUUUACACUCGAGCUUUUAUACGAAAACCUUUUGGUACAGACGACUGGUUCAUGCUGGUUGGAACUAUUUUGUUCAUCGGGCAGCAGUAUAUCGCUUGGAUGUGGACCAUCUUAGGCGGCGGGCUGCACGUUACCGACCCUCGUGUUAAGCCUGAAAACCUCAAGAAAAUCAGCACUUAUCUCUUCGCAGAAGAGUUCUACUAUCUUCUUCUACAGUUCUUCAUAAAGAUGUCGUUCCUCUUCUUCUAUCGCCGCACACUCGAGGUCACACCAGGUUUUAGGAUCGCGGUAAUAACCACUAUGAUCCUGGUCGGCUUGCAGACGGGCGGCACAUGGAUUUUCUACGGCCUGCAAUGUAUCCCCAUCCAAGCCUUUUUCACCCCAGAACUUUAUCCGAACGCUGUCUGCAUUUCCUCUGGUCUAUCAUACUACUUGCCCUCCGUUGCUAACGUCUUCAUGGACGUAGUGAUUUACCUCCUCCCGAUCUACCCUCUGUGGCACGUACAAACUACGGUCCGCCGCCGAAUCGGUCUGAUGUGCGUCUUUACCCUUGGAGGCUGCACGAUUAUGAUUUCGCUUCUUCGCUUCAUCGUCCUGUGGCAACUCGCAAACACGAAAGAUGUGUCGUACAUCUUCGGCUCCGUCACGAUCGUCACGUCUAUCGAAUUCGCGGUAGCGAUCAUCACCGCCAAUAUGCCUGGAAUGUACGGCUUCUACCGCGCAAGGGUAUCGAGAAAAGAGCAGAGUUCCACUGAGGGAUACCACUUUGGCAUUGCUACCCCUGGAUCCAAGGGCCGUUCUUUAGGGAACGCUAGUCGUGUGACAAAGGGUAGCAAACUGAGCACUCAUGGCGAGGAAGAUGAUGUAAGAACAGGGAGCCAGGACGAGCUGUACCCAAUGAGCAAUCUCGGUGAGAGCGAAGAGGAGCAGAAUAUACGCGUCACUACGAAGGUCAUAGUCGAAGGGGAAGAUCCCAAGAGAUUGCCCAGGAGUAGUCUCAGGAGCCUCAGAAAGGGACAUUGA